AUGGCACGCACACAAGCCCUGCUGACCCUUGUCCUUGCCAUCCUCUCCCCCUUGGCAACAGGGACGCCAACCCUGCCGACUCAAGACCCGUCCCUGGCCCAGUUCGAAGAGCGCUUCGUCAACUCGCUUCCCUACACGUCCGACAACGCAACCACGCUCCGACUGGUGGGCUUCAAGCGCAUGGCGCUGCCGGCGGCCGACGCGGCGGCGUUUGAGCAGGCGUGGAACGACCCGCCGUCCGAGUGGCGGCGGCGGGAUUCGGAUUCGGCGGCGACGACGACGGGUCGUCACGAGGAGCACUUUUGGUACGACCGCGCCAGGAGGGAGGUCAGGGUGUACUUUCCGGUCGAGGGGGCGCUGCUGAGGAGGGGUGGUGGUGGCGGUGGCGGUGGUGCAGAACAAGGGCACGGGGACGGGUUUGUCGAGGCCGACGGGCUGGGGCAGAUUGUGGGCAUAGGAGAGGUGGUGAAGAGGGAUGUUGAUGGUGAGGGGAGGGCCAGGGCUGUGGUUGGGAGGAGGGUGACGGAUCAGGUGUCGGGAGUUGAGGGGAAUGUCAUCCGUGAUGGUAUCAUAUACCUCGAAACCCCAGCCCUGCCAACUCGGCACCUGGAUGAACGCACGACCAUCUACGAUUUUGGCAUCAAGUCGCUAGACCAAGACAGCCACGGCCACGACCAUGGCCACGAGCACGAGCAGAACCAAGGGCAGGGCGGUCCCAACCUCGCCAAGCGUGCCGACGGGAAGAAGGGAUGCCUUGAGAACCACAAGGGAAAGAACUGCAGCAAGGCGUACGGUAUCGACCAGGGCCGCUGCCCGAUGAACCCCAAUACGUGCAUGGACUACAACGGCUGGAAGACGGACUGCAAAAAGGGCACCACGACCAAGUUUGGCAUCCCGACUUUGAGCAAAGCCGUCAAGUUUCUGGGCAGCGACUGCUCUGUCAGCAUGGCGAGGGGUCAUUGCUGGAACGAGGUCAUGUGA